CAAGUAGCUUCAUCACAACCUAACAUCAAAGCAGUGUUCCUUACUCUCCACAGAAAAUCGAAGGCCUCCAUUUGGUGAAAGAGUAUCUCUACACCUAUGGCUACAUCCAAAACAAUAGUUCUUCUGGAAACUUCACUGAUCUCAUGGAUGAAAACAUGGUAUCAACUAUUAAGGAUUACCAACGGUUCUUCAAUUUGGACACUACCGGAGACAUAGACAAUGAUACGUAUCAGCAGAUAUUGCUGCCGCGCUGCGGUUUGCCGGGUAUGAACGUUACUUAUGACCUCCCUGUGAACUUCUCAUGGCCUCAAGGGACUCUGUUGUUCGCUAACAGCACCAAGAUCCUCACGUAUGGGUUCGACCCAAGGAUUCUGAACUUCACAGAGACAACAUUCAAAGAUGGCAACAUCAAGAUUGUGUUCAUGGACCUUUCUAACAACGGGACGAUCGGAGACGAGUUUGGGGCAGCACUUUAUGAAGGCUCUAGUUUCGGGAUCAUGGUAAUGGACAGCUCUAAAACAUGGGUGCUUCCAAAUGUUAAGACAAUGCAGUGCAGAUCCAACAGUUAUAUUUCCUUGGUAAGCCUAGUAAUCAACAUUCAAACUCACAACAUGGUGUUGACACUGGUAGGGGAUUCAUUUUGGCAUCUGUGUUUCUUGGAUUUGCUUCCAUGGUUCUGUUCUAAAUUCCAGUUAUCUUGUGCACUGGAAAAUCCAUUUCAUUAUAGGUAUGGCAAAAUCAAUGUGAAUCAAUUGUAUUUUGGAAUUCUAAAGUAUCAUUAA